AUGGAGCUGCCAGUGUUGGAUAAGUUCUGUUUUGUGAUCAAUUUGAAGACGGGAUGUAUUAUAAUGGGCAUUAUCAAUUCGAUACUAACGUUUGUUCUGGCUGUUAUAUUGAUAACUUUCGCUGUUGAUAUCAAAGAUAUGGCUGAGUCAAAGAAAGGUGAAGUUGAUGGUAUGUCUUCGGUGGUGUACACUAUCGUUGUACUCCUGGUUGUCCUACUUUUCAUCAGGUUCCUUUUCGACCUCGUCUUCGUGUGGGCUGUGUUUAAGGAAAGAAGCGGUAUUAUAAAGAAGUAUUGUAUAUUCUGGAUAGUGUUCCUCGUACUGUCUAUCAUCGGUUUUUUGAAGACUCUCUUCCACAUGGGCGCUGGUCACGUGAUUUCACAGAUAUUAUUCCUGGCUGAGAAUUUUUACUACAUCGUCGUGAUCAGGAGCUAUUUGAUUUCAAUUAACGAAGACGGUGUACUUUAA